AGCCUACUGGAGGGGAGCGCUUCUUGACCGCUAACCACCAUCCCCGGCGCAAGCAGCCGCAUAUAUGCGCGCAAAUCGCCUUGAAAACGACCCGUCAUGACCACGUCUCUUCCCAAUUCACCUUCGCCAGGGUUCAAUCAGAGCGCAGGGCAAACACCCGCGUCUCCAUCUGUUCCUUUUCCGUCUCCCAACUUUGAUCCUGAUCCUGGAAGCCCUUCAUUGAGUCCGCAAGCUCACCCAACUCCGACAAUCGCACCUGUUCGCAGCCCCACAACAGAAUCUCCAGACUCGCAACCAAACACCUCCCCACUCACAUACUCAGACAAGCUCUCCGCUCUCCCCGUCCCCAGCCCCGCCAACUCCCCCAACCCGAACCGCGGCAUAAAGUCGCCCGUGUUCUCCACUCGCGGCUUCCGGCGCAGCCUCGACGCGUCGUUCUCCCUCCCCUCGUUCGGGAGCUCGUCGGCGUCGGACAACUUGCACCACACGUCGCCCGUCAUGUACCCCAACUCGCCGAGUUUGGGCCGCUGGACGCUGGGAGGGCGCCCGCGCGGGGCGAGCGCCUCGGAGGGGUCGCUCGCGUCGCAGACGGCGCCUCCGCGGCGGACGUCGACGGAUGGGGAAAGGGCGUCGCUGCCGACGGUGCACAGUUUGCGACAGGGUGCGUGUGGUGCUGGGAUGGCGGAUAACAGCUGACCGGAUUUGCAGCGCUGUCUCGCGGCCUCCGCGGGAGCGACCCGUACCUCGGUGGGCAGUCCGAGCCUGCGAACCGGCCGCGCUCCCGUUCGCACUCGCGCGGCGUGU